AUGGCCUCCAAGCUGGUACCGUUCAUGUAUCGCAGCGGGCCCCGCGCCUUGCGCCAGCUUCAGCGCACUCAAUGGCGGGCUUUCAGCGUCACAGCACCCGCACGGAGCGACUCCCUGAUGGUGCACCGCGACACGCCGGAGAACAACCCGUCGAUUCCGUUUAAGUUCACCGCUCAGAAUGAGGAGCUCAUCAGUGAGAUCGUCUCUCGGUACCCCUCGCAGUACAAGAAGGCCGCCGUCAUGCCUUUACUCGAUCUCGGCCAGCGCCAGCACGGCUUCACCAGCAUCAGCGUCAUGAACGAGGUGGCGCGAAUAUUGGAGAUGCCGCCCAUGCGCGUCUACGAGGUGGCUACCUUCUACACCAUGUAUAACCGGACCCCGGUUGGCAAAUUCCACGUCCAGGUCUGCACCACGACACCCUGCAUGCUCUGCAACAGUGACGCGGUCAUGAAGGCGGUGGAAGACGUUCUGGGCAUCCACCACGGCCAAACCACCAAGGACGGCCUCUUCACCUUCACCGAAGUCGAGUGCCUCGGUGCCUGUGCGAACGCCCCCAUGGUCCAGAUCAACGACGACUACUACGAGGAUCUCACAUACGAGUCUACGGUCUCGCUGCUUAAGGCUCUUCAGAACGCGGCCGAGAAGACCGGCGCACAGCCUGGAACCCCCGGUCUUGCCGGUGAUGGCUACUCGAUUAUAACCGGCGAGAACAGGAACGUUGAGAACAGGGAAGGCAUUGACCAGGGGCGAGGAUACGAGGCCGGCAAUGUGAAGGUGCCAACGCCGGGACCUUUGAGCGGAAGGAGUAGCUGUGAGCCCGCUGGCGGUCUGACUUCGCUGACGGGGGAGUUUUGGGGCAACGAGACUCUGAGGAAGGAUGGAGAGUUGUGA